ACUGAAACCGCUUUCAAACUAGGCGCUAGUCCGCAUCGGUGAAAAGCCCAAACUCCAGAUUGUCCGGAGUUUAUCAGAUUCAACCCGCCAGUCCAGCUUCUCGAUGGCCUCAUACGGCGGCGCCUUUUCGUCUGUCUAGCUGCUUGCUUUAUGCUCUUCUGCUCAGGCAGAUUGUCUAACGCCCCUUUCUACAUCAUGAUAAGAUACCCCACAACGCCCUGCGCAUGACGAACAGCAGCUACAGCUAAACUACUCCGUACCGUACCAGCCUCCGCACAUCUCCCUACCGUCGGCUCUCAGCAUCCGCCACGCCUCCGGUUUUCUCUCCAAAUAUGUGGCGAGACCGCACUAACCUAUAUAUCUCCUACCGUCAAUCCUUUGUCCAUCACCCCUCGAAAAAGCCGCGAUACCUCGGGCCUUGGAAUGACCAUGCAGACACCUCGUCAAUAUCAGAAGAGCGGCGCGGACUCAUAUCAGGUAGUGGGCUGGAAGAUGACGGGGAUGCUGUCAUCGAAAUGGACCUCCUCCCACCACGCUGGGUCGACAUCCAAGAUGAUGUAACAGAGCUCUUAGCAGGAAUCGCGCAGAAGUCAGUGCGCCUGGAUAAGCUCCACCAAAAGCACGUCUUGCCUGGGUUCGAAGAUGAAAAUGCUAGAAGGCAAGAGGAGGGCAUAAUAGAACAAUUAACGCAGGAAAUCACCCGAGCUUUCCACGAUUGCCAGCGCGCGAUUCAGCGAAUCGAGACCAUGGUGAAAGAACAGAAGCAGCAUGGGGGAGUCAGCAAGAGUGAUGAGACGAUGGCGAAGAAUAUCCAGAUAUCACUUGCCUCAAGGGUUCAGGAAGCCAGUGCUGGAUUUAGAAAGAAGCAGAGCAUGUAUCUAAAAAAAUUACGAAGCUUGGAUGGAAUGACGACACCGCUGGAGCGGUCCGCAACGCCCAUACAAAACCCAUAUAUGGAUCCGUCCCUGAUAGAGUCAGAUGCCGACAAAUCCUAUUCACAAUCCACCCUCCUCCAAACAUCCCAGAAGCGAGUAACCAGCAACGACACCGCGAUCGCCCAACGCGAGCGCGAAAUCAACGACAUUGCGCGCGGCAUUAUAGAGCUGUCUGAUAUCUUCCGCGAUUUGCAGGCAAUGGUCAUAGAUCAGGGCACGAUGCUCGACCGCAUCGAUUUCAAUGUCGAGCGCAUGAAUGUCGACGUGAAAGCGGCUGAUAAAGAGCUUACAGUCGCAACCAACUACCAACGACGCACCGCGAAAAGAAAAAUCCUUCUCCUGCUAUUCCUCCUCGUCGUCGGCAUGUUCAUCAUUCUCCUCGUAAAACCAAAACGGAGCAGUACCGACUCACCGGCUCCAGCGCCAGCACCAGCCCCGCAACCCCCAACUGCACAACCGCACCAAAGAACGCAAAGGUACCGCAGAACGUUGCUCCCGUACAGCUCUGGUCAUGGAUCGCCAGACCCACCAACCCCCCCCUCAACAUCAUCUUUAUUAUCUUCAUCACCAUUAUCCUCCCCCACCUUCCCAUCUUCAUUUCUCAUUCGAAGGAACCGAUUCUCGAGGGAUUCCUGGAUCGUUGCGCCAGAUAUAAUAAAUGUCCCCUAAAUAGUAAAUGAUAAUAAUAACAACAAUAUAGAUUACAUAACGUAUCUUUAGCGGGCUUGAAUUAUUAUAUCAGCUCGUCUUCCUUGGUGUUCUUUUCUUUCAAAUGAAAUACAUUUUCGCCGUUUUUUAUUGUGUCAUGUCUGCCCGUGCUCAGUCUUCUCGCUCUCUGUGCCUAGUCUGAUGUGCGUCGUGCCCUGUGUUUCGAGAGACAAGAAGUACUUACCGCACAUAUAUGUACAAAUGGAUAGAGUGUUCGGUUCGGAUCUUCCACCCGUGUCUUUACGGAAAUUAACCCUUUUCACACCCUAGCGUUGACCCACCAAAGAAAAGCGAAAAAAAAGGGGGAAUUCAAAUAAGUUUCAUAAAGUUUCCCGUGUCUUCAUUUGAAAAAGUUUAUGAUAAAACCAAACUGACCGAGUAGACAAAAGAGCUGAAAGAAAGCCAUGCGAAAAGGAGAAAAAAAAAAGCCCUUGAUAAAAAAAAAACAAGAAAGGAGGGCAAAAGAGGCAACAAUAGAAUUCCCAUGCCAUCCAUU